CCGUCAACAAUCCUCAAAGAAGAACGGUCGCGAGUAUAAACUGACCACGUCACGUUUCCUCUGUUUAAGUUCAAUCAAAUAUGGUCGACACGGGGACUAGUCCAUAACAAGUGACCCAGGAGAGGAUAGGGUUGAGUAUAAGAGCAGAGAGAUGGAUGACGUGGAGAUCACAGACGAGGGAGGAUAUCAUGUGGAGAAAGAACCACCGAAGAACCAGGAUCUGACUUCCCUGAGCCUCACGGCGGCAGAGCUCCUGUCCCAGUAUGGUUGGUAUCUGCUGCUGGUGUCUGUGCUGGGAUACCUGCUCAUCCAGUACCUGAGCAGGAAGAGAUCCAGCCAGAGCUCCCACAGCUCCGCCACACCAACACCACAAGAUUCUGCGUUCGUGGCAAGAAGACAAGAGGCCAUGGAAGCAGCCCGGAGAAAGAUGCAAGUGGAGCUUGAUGCCAAGGCAGUCCUCUUCAAAGAAAAACAGAAACAGCAAGAAGAGGAGAAGAGGAGGCAGAAGAUAGAGAUAUGGGAGAGCAUGAAACAGGGAAAAAGUUACAAAGGAGAUGCAAAACCCUCUCAGGUGAGCUUCCACUCUAAUGACCUGUAGCUUGUCUUUUAGAACAGGUUCUUUGAUCUGAGG